AUGUAAGACGAUCGAGUUAGAUACAUGUAUGACUUUUAUUUCAUAAAAGGAAUUCUGUGUAUUCUGAACAUAGAAAGGAUCUUUCUAAAAACAUGGAUGUUGUGUGUUUUGCUAUGGCAGUUGAGUUGGACAGAUUGGUACAAGAAAACAAUUUGCUUAAAGAGGAAGUCAAAAGAAAUCUCAAAUCUUAGAGUUGAUCGACUCAAUUACGAAAAGCAAAUUGGAGAUCUGAUGAACAGAUUGCAAUAGCUUAUGGCUGAAAAUGAUAUGCUAAAACGGGAUAAUGACAAAUUGAAGGCUCAACUAAAUUCAACUAAUCAGAGAGCCCAACAACUAGAGGGUCAAGUAAAGGACUUUUAAUAGGAAAUACAAUUGGUCUCCAAUAAGUUGGAAGACAUCACUGGAGGAGAUGGCGGUAAAUCAAAUAGUAUGAUCUUUUAUUUUAGAUUUUGA